CAUAGCGUAUAUAAACCGCGGCCACAUUCUAGGUGGAUACAGUCAGUAGCCUGACACAGCCCAUACUUCGGGUCAGCCUUCUCGAGUGCUUGUACUCUUUCACUCUCUCCCGACGCAACCACAAAAAAGGGAAAGAUGCUGCGUAACCUGUUGGUGAGCGCCUCACGUUCUGUGGUGCCCAUGAGCAGGCAGAGCCGCCUGGUGGCCACUCAGGCUGCCGCAGCCGUUCAGCAGCACCCAAAACCCGUGGCGACUGUGGACGGUGAGCUGGUGUCGCUACACCUGCCCUCUGGGGAGCACCACAAGCUGCCCAUCAUGUGGCUCAGGGACAACUGCCAGUGCCCCAAGUGCUUCAACAGCCAGCAGAUGUCGCGCAUCAUCUACUGGGACGAGCUGGACACUAGCGUCAAGCCCGCCGACGUGCAGGCGGACGAAGAAAAGUUAGCUGUGAAGUGGUCGGACGGCCACAGGAGCGAGUUCACGCUGGAGUGGCUCAAAGACCGCAGCUUACUGCCGGAAGACCAGAGGAAGUGGCUCGACACGACCUACAGGCUCCCAAAGGUUGCCUGGAACGCCGAAAACUACAACUCCAUCCUCAAGAGAUUCAAGUACAGUGACGUUGUAAACAGCAAGGAACAUCUUCGAGGUUGGCUUGAAGCUAUGGCUGUAUAUGGUGUAGCAAUAGUGUACGACACACCACCAACAGAAGAGUCAUUGCUCGAACUGGGAGACAAAGUGAUGUUCCCACGAAGGACGCAUUAUGGCGUGCAGUUCCACAUAAGGGACAAACCCAACACCACAAAUGUGGCGUAUCUUAAGGAGAAGCUAGAGAUGCACACCGACCUUAUGUACUACGAGUACAAACCUGGGAUAAACAUGCUGCACUGUCUGGUUCAGACAGAGGGAGCUGGAGGUGAUAACCUAUUGGCUGACGCUUAUUACCUGAGCGAAAAGCUGAAAGUUACAAACCCAGAGGCGUACAAAGCUCUGAGUACGGUCCCUGUUACGUGGGCAGACAUCGGAGAGGACGGAGGGAAGACCUUCUACAGCUUGUACAGGGCACCUGUCAUAUGUAAUGACAUGUUUGGAGAGUUCAUGAGGAUAAAUUACAGCCAACCUCAGAGAUCUUCACACUUCAAUGCCACUCUUGACCAGAUUGUUGCCUGGUAUAAAGCGUAUGACGUCUUCACCAAAGAGUUACACAGCCCAAAGAACCAAGUUCGCUUCAAGACCCGCCCAGGAGAGAUCCUGACAUUCGACAACAUCCGGCUGAUCCACGCCCGUGACGGCUACGACGACAAACCGGGCAACGAGAGGCACAUCAUAGGCCAGUUCCUCGACUGGGACGAAGUCUUCUCUCGCCUCAGAGUUCUCCGCAAGGAAGCGGGUCUCAUCAAAUACUAGUAUUACAUCUUAAUUCGCUCUCUGCGAUAUGAACAAAAUUCCGUGCCGUGGGAACUGACUGGAAGACAGCUGUGACACUGCAUCAGCAAGGAAUGUACAUGGACGAACUACCAUUUGCCUGAAGUACUGAGAUUGUGAUGGAAUAUAGUCUCUUGUGUUUCGCAGCACAACGCUGUAUGUGAUUGUUACUAAUUUAAACGUUUUGUCUACAUGUGUUCAUGUUUGUCAUUACAUUACAUACUUAAGACUGAUAAGACAUGAUUCAAGCUUGUGGAGCGUUAGCCGUAGCUCAGUCAUAAUCAUUUGGUUCACAGUUUUGUUGUUGUAAAAUUGUUUAGUAUUUAUUUUUGCUCACAGAAAUAUGAAAAAUAAAUUGUGUGUUGAAAUUGA